GCAACAACCCGCCAUGUUUUUACUAGCCGAGGAGAAAGGAAGCUACUUUACAGACAUUUAUGGAACGCAACUUAUUGAUUUAUUUUGCACUUUAGUCGAAUUGCAGCAUUUCUCAUCGUCGGAACAAUACCUGACUUUGUCGGUGGCUUCUAAACGUUGUUGAGAGUAGUUUGUAGCGCUUCGGGUCGUCGUAGAUGGCCCGAGAUCAUAGAAAACGUGGACGUGUUGGAAGUUGUGAAACUUGUGAAAGUGACUGAGGAGGUGAAGAGCCACUGCAGUCAGAUGGAUGUGACUAUUCCAAAAAAGAGGAAGAGCAAAGCUCAAGAAGACAAUGUUGAGAAGCCUAAGAAGCCCAGGUCUGCCUACCUGCUAUACUACUUUGAUGUACAUCAGAUUAUGCAAAAGGAAAUCCCUAAUCUACCACAGUCCGAGAUCAACAAGAGAAUCAGUAAGAACUGGAAAAGGCUCAGCAUAGCUGAGAAAGGCUACUAUCUGGAGAAGGCCAAGUCCGAGAAAGACGGCACAGACACUUCGUCUCUCAGCCCCUCCUUAGACCUGCCAGGCUUCCGCAAAAUCCUCCCCCGAGCCAGUUACUUCCUCCUGUCCAAAGGCUGUUCCUCACAUCAGCAGCUGGUGGCUUCUCAGUCGGAGGUGAGCUCGGACUCAGGCCCACCUUCCAUCUCUCUGCCCCAAGAGCCCCCGUUCACACCUCUUCAAUUGGAGAGUGAGGUGGAGCUUUCCGAGCAGCAGAUUGUCGUCGACGCCAUUGCAGGCGAGACAGAAGUGGCGUCCGCAGAACCCCAAAGCGUCCCGUUCUGCUUGUCCUCCUCUGUGUCGUGCAAAGCCCCGUCAUCUACGAGCACCCUCAUGUCACAGGGCUGCGGUGGACUUGUGGCCAACGGGGUCACUCUGAAAGGAAAUGAAACCAGAGGUACUGGUUUCGGUUACGGUGGUCCGGUGGUGCAGCAGAUGCAGGGGGAAACCACACAUGUAGUUUCCAUCGUACCCACACAGAACCUGCUGGAGCACAAGUCUUUGCCAGGGGUCAGCUCUGUGGGCCCGGUGAUGAUGGUCUCUGUCGGCGCCAGCACGGAACAAUGUGCCAAGCCGUCCUAUAAAAUGUGCGUUAAGACGUACACCCGAAGAGGUCGAGGGAGGUGUCUAAAUCCUGGAUGUUCAUUUGUGUAUGUCACACGCCACAAGCCACCAAAGUGUCCUGAAUGUGGGACCCACUUGGCAGGAAAAUGGGUCCCUGCUGCAAAGAAGACGCAAGAGAAAGAAACCACGUCCAAUCAACUGCCACAGAAAGCUGAAGCCAUGAUCAAUGACAGCUGCCAAGCAACAGCUCCCCCCGUUCCGGAGGGGAACGCAGAUGUCAGUGCAGCGAAUGUCACUGCGGGCAAAAAAGUACGGCCCGUUCAACGGCGCUCCAAAACACCGCGUGCAGUUCCUGCUAAAAAGCCACCAGAGGGCGGCAGCACCGAGGAGCAGGAACAAACAAUCCAGGUGAAAGACAGCCUUCAGAGCACUUCUGUCCAAGGUCCAGACAGAAGCAAUGCUGCUGUUCAAAAGAGGCCCGUGAGACCCAUCCUUCCUGCCUACUACAACACAGGCCGAACUUUGUUCCAGAUCAUAACCGUCCCACCUGACAAAGGAAAGAGUCCGAGUGGAAACAACGAUAGUUCAUCCACUGAGAGUUUCUCAGGACUGAAACCCAGCACUUUGAAGCAGCUGGGCCAGGCGCUCCCGGCAUCAGAAGCGAAGCAGGACUCUUCUGUUCCUGCAGGUGGAAGCCAGUCUAUGUGCUCAUUGGUUGAUAAGGGAGUGAACAUCCUGUCAAUUGUCCCUUUCAAACAAAACACCAUUUCCAGCUUUGAUUUGGGACUGUCCACAGCUCGUGGACGGGGGCGAUGUAAGAACCCCACCUGUGACUACAUGUACAAGAACAGACACAAACCUGCAGUGUGCCCUAAAUGUGGCUGUGAGCUGACCCAGAGGAACGCCAAGGGAACAAAGUCUGAGACUCUGCUCGAUCCGUACCAGGAACUGAGUUCCGCUCAGAAGGACAUCCAGCGCCAAAAUACCCUGCAGUUGCUGCACGGCUCCAUGCAGAUUCCCGAGGGCGAGACUGAGCUGCGGGAAAUAUUGACCCUCAUCCAGGAGCUCAACAGUCUCCAGAUCGUCCUGGUUCAACCGUGUGGGCAGGAGCACGAGGGCAGCUUGGAGACGGAGACGCUGGUAGAGUCCGGCUGGCCUCAGUUCUAUGAGUCAGCAGCAACUCACUGUGGCUUGUGUAACUAUCCUCUCUUCAAAGGAGAUCAGAGUACUGUCGCAGGACAGGAGGACUGCUGGCUGCUGACUGAGACACUAAUCCAGACGGCCACUCUUCAGCUCAAGGUGUGUCUCAAUGUCCAGUGUCUGGCUCUGCACAGCUUCACGGACCUACAUCCAGGUCUGUUCAACGUUGGGAACAGACUGCUUGUAAGUAUCGACCUAUUUCUGAAGAUGAGGACCUGUAUCAAGCAGGGCCGAGCCCCCCCCCAGGCCGCCAGGACCAUACUUGACAACGACCCCAAUCACCCUGUCCACAGUCUGAGUCCAGAGGAGACGGCUCAAAUUCAAGAGCUUCUCCUGAGUGGCUACUGGGCCUUUGAGUGUCUGACAGUGCGCGAUUACAACGACAUGAUCUGCGGCGUUUGUGGUGUUGCUCCUAAACUGGAGAUUGCCCAGCGAUACACAACCAAUGUACUGGAGCUGAAAAACGUGGAGUUCACUUGGCCUGAGUUUUCAGUGUCCGAUGAGGUGCUGGUGGACGACUUCUGGCUGACUAUGGAAAGCGAGGCUAUCGAGCAAGCAGCCUUCCCCGCGGACAUCCCCGUCACGCGAGUGGAUGCUUCCAUCAUCGCUCCCUUCAUUCCCCCGCUGAUGAGGAGUCCCGCCGUCAUCAACACAGAGAAGAACAAGGUCGUACCGCACACGGGGCCGGUCUCAGGAGAUCCAUCUGUUUUGGUGCGUCUCAUUCACGACGGUCAGCUGAGACUCGAUAAGAUUGAAGAUCACAGUGAGAACGAGCUGAGAACAAUUCUGGACCGCUGCGCCGCGAGUGUCAGCCCAGACUCCACUAAGAAGGAGCUACUGGCGUCCCUGAUCUCCUUGUACACACUUGUUCACGGAGGCCUCUCCACGGCCCCUCCACCCCCCCCACACCUCACCGCUGGCAAGCUGUCCAAGGUCUGCCCCCACAAGGUGGUGUGCGGCUCCAAGUACUUGGUGAGAGGAGAGACGGCCCGAGACCACGUAGACCUGCUGCUGUCCUCCCGCUACUGGCCCCCUGUCUAUGUUAGCGACUGUCCCCGUCAGGUGGCGCUGUGUGCCGACGUUCAGUACCCAGAACAGGCAACCCAGAUGUGGGGAAGGAACCAAGGCUGCUUCUCGGACCCUUUUGAAAAACCAGAGUUUGUGUCAUGUGCUGAGCUACAAGAGCAGCCGUACAGCGCUGACCUCUCCUUGGUAGCAGAGAACCAGCAAGUCCACCCCAUCACCAAAUCAUCCAGCUGCUGGCUGGUUCAUCCUCCCGCAGCCGCCCAGGAGCGUCCUCCUCCUUCGUCAGAGCACCACUCGAUGGUGCUCUGCAGAGAUCUGGAGCCCCAUGUCCACCUGUUGGCUGAGCUGGAGAAAGAGGGGGAUAAUGAUGAUGAUGAUGAUGACAACAACGGCGAAGGACAGAAAGCCGAGGGCCACUCCGCUGAGAGCUCAGAGGGAUGCUACUCGGUCAGCCGCGCGCGCCGCCAACCCGUGGUUUUCAACAACACAGCUCAUUACUACCUUUACAACCGUCUGGUAGAUUUCCUCACCAGCAGGGACAUCGUGAACCAGCAGAUCAACCAAGUGGUGAAGGCCUGCCAACUGGGGGAGGUGGUGAUCAGGGACGCUCUGUACCGACUGGGAGUGGCCCAGAUCAACACGGAGAGAGAGGAAGAUGAAGGGAGUGGAGCGGAGGGACAGACGCAAGAGGGAGGGACAGAGCCAUACGAAGUUCAGGAUGGACAUGAGGAAGAAUGAGGUCCCCCAAAGAGAGAAGCAAGUACGACCAGAAGGAGCCGAGAGUUUAUAAGCGUCGCGGUGCUUUCCUUGUCAGUGGGGGAGAUGAAUUUCCUUUAAAGUAGCCUGUGCAACUGCAGAGAUAAUGAGUUUCUGAUGGAACAUGCUGAGAAGAAUCAGUAGUGUUAACUGUGAAGACACUUGCCGAAAACAGGUAUUACUCAAUCACAUUCUUAGUUAUCUGUACUUACAGUAACAGGGCGUGUAAGAGUUAAUAAAAGGCAAGAUGAUGGAGAGUGAAUGUGAGAAUUCUUUUUUUCAAAUGACUAAAGGAAUGUAACAAUAUCUUUAGUUCUUUCUUUCUUUCUUUUUACCAUUGUGGAGACUUAAAAAAGUGAAGUGUGGAAAAAGGUGAUGUUUCCUGUGAUUUUAAUAACUCUUCUAAUUCAAGUUGGAAUGUAUUUAUUAUUGAACCAUGAAUAUAGUACAUUGUAUUUCUAUGUCAAGAAACCAUUCGGUUUUCACCUCUCCCUUGCCGCUGUUUUGGACUGAGGUUUGCUUUUGAAAAGUGAUGAUAAAUGUUUAGCCGUUGAUUGUACGGAGUGUGGGGGUGGACCUCGAGGCCUUCGCCUUAUUUUAUAUCACGGUUUCUUCUCAAGAUUCGCCUGCAUGAGUUGCUUUAGAGAGAUUAUUUUUUUCUCAAUAAAAUAAAAUUGAUAUUGCUGGGCUAACCAGA